ACAUAUUUCUGUUUUUCACAGAUUUAUUUUUGUUUUCCCGAGUCAAUAAUAAACAAACAAAACUUAAAUUUGUGACUAAAACUAAAUGAAUUAAAAGUACGCCUACGAUGACUCUGAACUUUGACACGAUAUGCCGUACGUGCAUGACCGAAUCACAAGCUUUAUUGUGCAUUUUUGACGAGCAAAGCUCAUCUGCAAAUGAUGUUGUUUCGAUGUUACAAUCGAUUACUUCGAUUCGAGCAUUGAAAGAUGAUGGUCUUCCCGAAAAUGUUUGCAUUGGUUGCUUGGCAGAGAUUAAUCGUGCGUUCACCUUUAAGAGUCGAUCAGAACGAUCCGAGAACACAUUGAGGCAAUACAUAAGUCGACUGAACGUUAAAUCAGAACUUGAGUCAAAGAUUACGACCAAUUCACCUGUGUUGUCUGGUACAACUGAUGACGAAGGCUACGAAAUAAUCGAGGUGGACGAAGACGAACGGACAAUAGCGCGUACCGAAUUGGUUGAAGAUUAUAAAAUGGAAACGGAGAAUGAUGGAAGUGCAAGUAGUUUAUCGCCAAGUGUCCUGGAUGGACGCAAAGUGUUAAUUUUGACAUCGAGCACAAGCUUACCAAAUCCGAUCAACGUCAUAUACGAAUGUCACAUAUGCUUUGACACCUUUAGCAGCAUCGCUUUGUCUGAACGGCACAUGGCUAAAUUUCAUGGGCCCGAAAAUGAGGCGAAAGAUGACAAUGGUACAGCCGAUUUGAUAGUUGGUGAUCACAGUCAUUCAAAAGAGGAUUUUUGUAAUGGGCCAGAACUCGACACUCUACCUGUUGUCGUCGAUCUGCACGAAUCCACAAUCCCCGUUCUGGAUGAUGAAGAGACUCUCAGCAACGAAGAAGCGGCAAAGGCUGAAGAUGAAAUCGUACCGGUCAUUGUUGUGACGGGACACGAAACAGCCGAACUGAAAUUCAAUUGCCAAAAAUGUGGCGGAAAAUUCGCUAAGGAACGGUCGCUCAACAUCCACAUAAAGCUGAACAAGUGCACGAUAAAAAGUUUCGAGUGUGGCAUUUGCAAGAAAGUUUUCGUUCGCAAAAAGAAUCUCGAUUGUCACAUGCAGACGCACAACGAACCGUCGGAACAUUCGUGUAAAGUUUGCAGUCAAACGUUUCAGCAAGCUGAGGAACUGGCCAUACAUAUUCAAACGGAACAUGAACCGAGUCGAAAAUAUCUGUGUCCUCACUGUUGGAAAGGCUUCAGUGUCUCAUCAUCUUUGAAAGAUCAUAUCAGGAUUCAUAACGGUGAACGUCCGUACCUGUGUUCGAUUUGCGGCAAAGGAUUUAGUCAGAGCACCAACCUCAAUCAACAUGUGAUGCGACACAACAAAACGAAACCGUAUUCAUGUCCGAUAUGCUCGUAUUCGUUUGUGUCGAAGGGCGAAUUGGAUGCACAUUCUCGGAAGCAUAGCGGACUGCAUCCAUUCGUGUGUGAAUUAUGCGGAUCGUCAUUUACAACAUCCAGCUCUCUGGUUAAACAUAAUCGAAUUCACACCGGCGAACGGCCCUAUGCAUGUGAAUAUUGUCCAAUGCGUUUCGCUGCAUUAGGUACACUAAAAAACCACACUCGCACCCACAACGGUUGUCGUCCAUUUGCCUGUGGCAUAUGCGGUCGAACGUUUUCACAGCGAAGCGAUUGUCUGUCACACCAAGAAACACAUACAGCCGACAAGUCGUUCUUUUGCCAGCAGUGUUACAAAUCGUUUCACAAAAGGAGUGGGCUCAGGAAUCACAUGAAAAUUCAUCGUAAGGACGAAUUAGAUCGAGUAGCGAGCAAACCAUCGGUUGUCGGGACCACCGGUAACAAUAAUGAUAUUAAAAUUGCAUAUGUAACUGAAAUAUACGCAGCAAAUGACGAUUGAAAUUAG